GACAAUAUUGUGCCAUCAAUGUCAGUGCGUGCCAUGGAAUUAAAGGAAGGACUUGUGUUCAACAUAAAGCCAUCUCAACGGCCGGUACCAGUCGUGUUCAAUUAUAUCCUUAUGCGACAAAAGUUAUCACUAUAGAAAUUGCGCGUGCUGCAGUUACAACUUAUGAUUUGCAAAGAUAAAUGUUUGAUAUAGUGAAAGUCGUGAGAUAAAUAUUUCACAAGUAUAUACAACUGAAAUGAAUCCUGAAGUAUUUGAUCGGAAAUCGGGAAGAACAGACAAUGAUGAAAUAAAACCUGUCGAUGAUCUUACUUCCAAAAAUGUGCAGGGGAAGCCGGAAUCAAAAUAUGACGAAGAAAAAGACCCUACUAUUUUAACAUUGUGGAAGAAAGCAAAGAUAAGGAAUGCAGAGGUUCAAGCUAAGAGAAACGAAAUGACAGAUAUAAAUAGAAAACGGCAAAAUGAAAAGGUGCAUAUGCACUCAUCUGGAUCUCGUGAGAAAAUUCAGCAGCAGAAGCCACGCGCACAACGCGACAGUAGAGACAGACGAUCGAAAAACGCUACUGAUAAUGCAAAACAAGCAGAACUGAAACAUAUCAAUGGGUUGUCACAGAUGUCGUCUGAUAGAUUCCCGCCACAACCUAACACUACGCAGCGCGUGGUAUACUUUCAAAAUCGAUUUAUCAUUCUUGAUGCAGCUGAUCAUCAAACAGGGCCAUCUAAUUCGACAAUUAACGAACAUAAUAAUGACAAUGAUACUAGUGGAAUAAAAUCAAACAAAAUGGAUUCUAUGGAAACAUCAUUUUCAAAAAUAAACAGCACGACAGACUCAAAAAAUAAAACCAAUCGGAAAGAAAUUGAAAUGGAUGCUACAUCGGUGACAAUGGAUGCUAGAGGAAUUGAUAUAAUUUUAACGGAUCCUGAUAAUAGUUCUAAACAAAUAAAAAAUAUGGAUAGUUUUAAUACUGACGAGGCGAAAGAACGAAAUACAAUUUGGAGAAAAAUUAACCGUGUUCUUUUAGAUGAUAGAGUUAAAGCCAGCAAUGGUCAAAUAGUUCUAGGAAACAGACACCCAGAGGAAUAUAGGAUUUUAAAGAAAGUCCUGAAUAUAUUGUUUCUGACAAUCGGAAUAACCUUAUUUGUUUCUGUGAUCAUUGUGGUGAUAUACGCUUUCAUUGUCGGAGAUGAAAAGAAUGAACAUAGUCUAUUUAUAACGACCACAACUGUUCCUCCUUGAAAGCGGUCGAUCGGUAACGUUUGGUAUUUAGAAUUCAAGAGGCAAAGUGGAAAGCAGUAAACUACCACCAAGAUGUCCCAGUAUGUAGGACUGAAUGAUAGAUGCGCGAUCACACUUAUAUGUUUGUGAUAACUGUUACGGAAUAUGAAUUCAGUUCGGAAUAUUUAGAAUAUUUGUAUUUUUUACAUAUAUUUUGCCAUCAUGUGUCUAUUUUGAACUUAUUGGUGAAGUAUUACUUAUUCUAACUUAUAUCGUUUAAUACAAAAUAGUUUGCGUAGAUUUUGAGAUUUGCAUCUUCUCAACGUAGUUUCUACUUUUUUCAUAACCGCCAGCUAGGAUAUAAAAAUAUUUUUACUGCAAAAACAAAGAGGACAGUUAUAUAACUGUUGUUAAAUAACAUUAGUACAUCAUAUUUUCAAAUACUCAGGAGAUGGUCAUCUUUUUCAUCAAUAAUGUUUAUCUAGGGCAGCUAUCCUUUACCCACUCCCGAUGGGAAAUUGUUGCAUUAAUUUCUAAUCCAAAAUAAGUUUUGUGUAAACAAAAUGCUAUAUAUAUAUUAUCAUAAGGAAUUUUAAUAACAUGAAAAUAAACUAUAACCUUAUAUGAUUACAAUUCGUCAAACCCGUUUCAGUAAUUAUAACUUUAUGUUGGUUUGCAUUAAUAUGAGGGAUGCAUACAUUAUUAACUAUCUAAUUCCAUCUGUAUCUACAACAAUCGAAAUCUUAACACAUCCUGUGCAGUAAACGGUGAAAAUAUACCAAACGCUAGAUUAAAACACCAACAUAUUUCAAUAUGCAACCACAGUUAAAUUCCAUGCGCCAUCUACUUAAAACCAAAACUGAACUUUUUAUGCAUUCGUUCGUUACGUAAAUAAAUCCAAUUAAAAGUAGCAUAUGUAGCAUGUCGUCAUUACAUAAUUAUUUUAAGACACAUCUUUAAUUAUGUACACAUAGAUUAUCAUGUUACAUGCAAAUAACGAUUAUUAAGUUAAGCUUUCAAUAGAAUUCAUUACUGGUACACGCGAUAAACUGAAAAUUACUAUUUAAUUAUGUAAUGCUCGUUUAAUUAAAUAAGAUUGCAAUUACUUAUCUAAUCAAUAAUCUUCUUUAAAAGAAAGCAUGACAUUCCAAUUAUGUCAAACCGAUUUUAAAAAUGCCACUUGAAAAAUAUUUUCUAAUUACAUUUAAGCUCGUGUAUUUGUUUUGUAGCCACCUAUAUUCCCAAGGUAAAGUAUACUGAAACUAGUUUCGUUUGUCCGAAAUUAAUUAAAAGAUGUUCUGUGUCGGGUCACUGUCAAUAAUCCCUUUUGGUAUUAUACCUUCAGUAAUAUUUAGACAUCUUUAGCUUUCAAUUUUGUUGCUUGUGAGCGAACCUGGCGAAGGUAAAAAGCACUUAAGAGGCGCCUUUUUUAUAAGGGAUUUACUGUACUUUCACGUUGAACAGUCGUUAAGGAUAAAUUAGCCUUUUAAAAUCUAAAGAACUAUGCAUCUUUCAUUCUCAGAAGUGACAAAAUGUCACGUCAUUAGUUUGGUUUCCAUUAAUUGGGACGUUUGAAUCAAAUCGCAACGGUGAACUCUUCACAAUUAUAUUCCAUUAUAUACAAAAUUCUGAUAGGCAAAAUACGGACAAUAGAAAACUCGUUGAAUCUUACCAUCAACUCGAGUUCCCAAGACAGAUGGGUAUAUGUUAAUCUUAAGCUAAUCAAUAAAUCUUCGGUGGUCUAUUUAAACUGCUUGUAAAAAGUCUACGACAACUUUAAGUUGGAACCAAGUAUGAGGGCCUCACCUUCGAUGUAACAGUUUAAAGCUUUAAGUAACAUCGGAUAUAUGUGCAUAUUUUUCGCACUAUGAUAUUUCGAUGUUAAAAAAAUAUGCACCUUCUUUAAGGUUUGGUUUGUGUAUGUUAAGUUUGACCAUAUCUCAAACCUUAUUCUAAUGCAAUUGAUCGUCGGGAUUUACAGUAAUAUCGAUAUACCAGUUUCCAUGCAGUGUUGUUUUCCGCAUCAGUUUUAAGAAAACGUCGUAGUUCUUUUCUGAAAUACAGAUUAUGAUCGUAUCUACUCGGAGCAAAUAUAAUUCACUCGAAUGACUAAGAAAAGUUUCGAUUUUUAAUUACAUGUAACACAUUACUGUCACAAAAUAAGUGUUAAAAUAAAGGAAUAAGCAACUCUGAAAUCUGUUUGAAAGCCAAUUACAUUACGGGUUCUAUCUUCAUUACAGACUUUAAAUGCUGGUAGUACAUAUUAUUGAUAUAUGUUAUUAAAAUACAGUUGUAUCUUAGUCAUUGGAAACUUAUUUAACUUUAUUUAACAAUUUCGCAUAAACUGUUGUUGCCGAAAUGGCCAUGCAUUCGACGGACAUUCCAUUUGCUGAGAGAUAAAUUCAUUGCCACUUACUUGUGUUAGUGAAACUUAAAAAAUAAUUUGUAUUUGGAACUUUAUUUAAAGAGGUCGACCUAAGGUAAGGGAAAUAACUCUUCAAGCUGGCUUAUACGUUUGUGUCAAUUAUUUUCAUAGAUUUAUUCUAAGCUUCUAGUUAGCAUAGAUUAUUUUACUUCCGUUUCACUUCAGUACAUAAAACGCAUUGAUGAAACGUCUAAACACAUUACUCAUCUUAAGAAUUAUUUCCCUUAUCCCAGGUCUUUCCCUCUAGGCGAUUAAUAAGAUAUCUUUGUCGAUUAUUUCAUUUUGAAGCAUUUGUAUCUGAAGUUUUAAAUAUUUUCUUAUUUGUUUAAAAGCGGACGUAUACCUAGAGGGCAAUUAAAAUCAAAUGGUCGAAGAAAACAAUACGCCAAAAUGAAAAGUAAAUCGACCUAAAAAAAAAACAAAAACAAAUACUAUAAAGGGAACAAUAAUUAUUUUUUUUGAUACAAUGUUGUCUUACAAUAUUCAUAAUUAGUUUUUUGUUAUUUUCCCCUUGCUAUCUUCCUAUGCUGUUUUUAUUAUGAAUAAGAAAAAGACCGGUUGAAAGGGUUUCAGAGAAUUAAUAUAUCAGCUUUAUUAGCUUAGGCACGUUUCAUAGUAUUACAGUCUUACACUGUUAACCCUAUUUCUUGAACAGAAUUCAAAUUUAGUAAAUACAACGAUUUAUAGAGUUAGACCUAUGUAAAGAGUUUUACUCCUAAAAUAACUGUCACAUUGCUUCAACCAUUAUCAUACACAUAAUACAAGUAAAACAGAUUAUUUUGUUUCAUAUGAAUGCUUUUCAAAAGCAAUGAUAAAACUGCCUAUUUAAACGCAUAAGUGAAUUGAAGAGUUAUUUCCCUUAACUUAUUUCAACCCCAUUUUAUAAUGUCAGAUCAUUUGAAGGAACAAAGUAUGUGAAGAAUCAUAAUUUCGUCUCCAUAAUUACAAAUAUAAAAUCAAAAUCAAAAAUAUGAUUAUUAAAAAAUCAAAAUUAUGAUUAUGAUUAUUUAAUUGCCCUAAUUUGACUGAGACACAGUUGGUCAUAGAUUGAUUUAUGUUUAUGUGUUAUUGGUCAUAUAGCUUGUCAUGUGUUUUUAUACUUAUAAAUCAUUGGCUUUCAUUUUCUUGCUUUGAGUGUUCCUGAUGAAGGUAAAUCCAGACAAGCGCUUUGAACGCAUAAACUUAAUAUAGUGUUAUUGUCAUGCUGUAGAAAAAUUAAUAGGAAAGUACAUAAAUCUAUUAAGUGUAGAAGUGUUUCUACAUAUCUAACUUAGUUUAGCAGUCUUCUGGAUGGAUAUGAGCAACAGCUUACAGAAAAAAAUUUGUAAAUCGUGCAGUAAGGCAUCUUAAAUCAUAAAUGUGUUUUGGUUAGACUGUUGCUCAUAUGUUAAUAUCAAUGGCCACGAUUGCACGACCUCGAAACCGACUAUUUUUGAAAGCUUUUUUUCGCCAGAUACAGGAAAUUUUAAUGUAAGCAGAUAUGUGUGAACAAACAUCUGAUGAGCUAAUGUCUUUCGUGAAUAUGUAAAUGAAGUUGUUGAUAUUUCAAAGUCAAGGGAACAAACAAAUUAUCUUAUUGUUACCUUCUCUCUUAAAAAGAAAUAAUGCUUGUCUAUCAGUUUCAUUACUUAAGGAUGUUCGCUACUCUGUUUCAAAAUAACAAGCUUUUUAAAAGACUGUUAUAAAUUGAUAGUAUAUAAAUAAAGGAACCAAAAAAGCAGAAAAAAUGAAGGGUGCGUGUGAUUGUUUUCGAGAUAUAAGCCAUUGAAAAUUUGGCGGGAAAUAAUUCUCUCUAGAUCUUUUAUAUAUUUAACAUUGGCACCCUUUUUCUUUACAAAAAUAUGAAAAAAUAACAAGGAUUUUAUAGCAUUUUCAAAUAUGGCUUUUUAAACUAUAUGUAAAUUAUGAAAAGAAAAGUAGGGGUUAGCGGGGAAAUAUUUUUAAUGGCAGUACAUGGAUAAAAACAGAGGACUCCGAAUAUCUGGCAAAAAUUCAAUAACAAGAGGAGCGAACAUCCUUAAUAUUGAAUUAUGUUGCUGCCUUAUUGUAAGUUAACAUUUGUUAUAGCAAUAUACUAUACUUAAUUUUUAUUUUAAUAAUAAAAAACAUUAAAGCAA